UGCCAUUGGGGCUCAAACAGCAGCACUUGCUUACCAGCAUCCCAGUUGAUAACAUCGCUCGAUCCCGAUCCCGAUCCCAAUCCCGAUCCCGGAGUGCCACCAGAGAUUACCGAACGAAAUCCAGUGCCAGUUUCCAGCCAGUGCCAAGCAGUAUGUCGCACUUCAUCGCUCCCGUUGCCGCAAUCCUCUGCCUGCUCGUCAUCCUUGGCGGCCAAGGAGGCCAGGCGGCCGUGGCCAAGGUCAAGCUGAACAACUCAGCGCAUCCCGGCAAGUGUGUGCUGGACACGGACACGAUCCUGUCGCCCGGACAGACGGGACUGGCGCCGAAUCUGCCAUGUGUGAGGGCCGAGUGCCAUGAGGAUGGCGUGGUGACCUUCAAGACCUGUGAUGCAGUUGCUCCGCCGCGCGGCUGCAAGCAGCGCGACUUUGUGGACAUCAAUCGCGAUUUUCCCGCGUGCUGCGAGCGGAAGUACAAUUGCGAAAAGCACAUCUAAUGCAAUUAAUUGCUAAUCCUACAAGUUGCUCACCAAUGCAAUGGUUUUGUUUUCAUCGUCUGCCUACAUUUACUUUUUUUUUUUAGUUUG